AUGUCUAUUCUUGAUACCAGUGGGAGUGGAAAGAAGCAGGCCCAUAGUCCUGAGUAUUACCGACGACGUCGUCAACAGCUUGAGAAUGGCAUUAUCCAAAAACGACAUGCUACUUCAACCAAGAACAACAUUGGUAAAAUCAAAAGACGAUGGACCAGGCACUGUGAAUAUCUAGGGGAAGAUCCACUCCAAUUUCUUGUUGCAGUGCAAAAGGGAGACGUUAUGGUUUUUCUCGAGUGGAUUCUUGACAACUCCAAGAUCAAGAAGUUCAGUAGCUUACAUGAGAACUGGAGGCAAUGGUGCCAGCUCUACCGCAAAGCUGUGGGGCGAAGUCUUCAUGCGAAGAGUUGUCAGGAUAUUAAUGAUUAUAUGAAAGAGCAUCUAGUCGCACGUUACAAUCUCGACAUGUCUGUUGGGGAGAAACCAGUGAUGAACGUUGAUGAUUUGUAUAUCGUUCUCCACCACCAUUGGACGAGAGACGCAACUCCCUAUCCCGAUGGUCGUCAAAUAAUCCAACUCGCUUUCCUCCUUUUGGUGUCAGCAUAUACCGCCAGUCGACCAGGAGCGCUGGUUUAUGUUGACCAAAACGAGCGGACUAAUAUCCAGCAUUUCUUCGGUGGUGCAGAUGAAAAUGAGGAAGAUGAAGAAGAUUGGGACCUCAGAGAAGAUGACCUGAAAACGCUAUGCUACGGUCAGAUUAGUUUGAUUCUGCUCCCAAACCCUGGAGGACUCCGUGACCACCUUGUGAUGGAAAUUGAUUUGAAACAUACCAAAGGUCAUCAUACCAAACCAAAAAGAAAAAUCUUCCUAAUGUCUGAAGUCAAGCAACCUGUCUUCGACGUCAUUGUCCUUGUGCUUACAAUGGCAAUCCUUGACGACGCAUUUUCGGCAAAUAUACAUUCUGUCGAGGAUGUAUUCAUGGCUCGUGUCUCACCACCACGCCGUUCCGUCAGACUGAAAUUCAAGAAAGACAAACUCAACGUGCCAAUUUGCCGCCAGCCAGACUCAUAUUAUUCUGGAAUGACUACUCACCCCAUGAAACCACUUAGAUAUCACACAUAUCUCUAUUAUUUGCAGCGGCUGAGCUUGUCCGUCGGGAUGAUUAGGGCCAUGAAGCCUUACGACCUUCGGCGCGGUACUGGCGAGGCAGUUGACAAAACCGCAUCCCUUCCCUUGCUACAGCAAGUAAUGGGCCAUGUUUAUGCCAGCACAUUUCAGAAAUAUAUGAACGAAAGGGUCCAGACACAUGUUCAGGCUUCAUUCCUUGGAAUUCCCUCGGAAGACGCAUUGAUGAACAUCCUUAGUCACCAAAGUCGCUACAUUGACCCUCGGGCUCCGUCCAAAUACGAUGAUCUGCCUGAGAGCAAGAGAACUAAGCUCUCAAACCACCCAGAGAUCCUCAAACUACAACAGAUGCGUGAUGCCCUUGCUCAAGAGGCCAAAGAACUUUACGGAUCCAUGAAAAAUGCAAGCGGAACUAAAAUUGGAGAGCUUAAAGCGAAGGCGGAUGCUGCGUUGAGGGCAGCAAAAAAGAAUUUGAAGGAAGCAACAUUCACUGGUGCCCGCAAUGAGUUCUUUGACACCAUCGAUACUCUGGAAAUCAACAAGCAACUUGAUCCAUCGCUAUUGGACAUGAAACAGGAUACUUACGAGCCCCAAAGAAUUGUCCAUCGCCUCAAAGAACGUCGCCGACUGGCAGACUUAAUGCAAAUCCCAUGUCAGGAGCUCUCUGAAGAAGACGACAUCAUGCGAAGGGUUGUCUUAAUCAAUGCCCUUAUUGAUCUUGGCCGUGUCGAAAGGGUGCCAUCCGAGAACUUGGUUCCCAAAAAGUCGGCACAGGAUACAAUCACCAACGAAAGCCAGGAAGCCUCGCCAGAUGAGCCCACCGGAUCAGAACAAGGCUUUUCUCCAUCUCCCGAACCACGAGACCGUCCAAUUUCUCUGACAACUCGGCACUGUCUCUUCUGCGUGUUUGAGCCAAACUACCAAUGUUAUUUUGCGUCAGCACGGAAGGCCAGAGAACAUUUCGAAAAGCACCUCCGCAACUUCAAAAGAGACCAGUUUAUCUCAUGCCCUGAUAAAUUUUGCGGACUUGCUUUUCGUGGACAUCGAGCCUUCAAAAGCCAUGCAGAGAAGGUUCACUCAAUACGUUACUUCACUGAGGCGCAACGUAUCAAGGCUGGCUUAUAG